CAAACUUCGUCACACUGCUCCGCGGUGUAACCGGUGAUGAACCAACUCUCGCAGUCUCGAAUUAAUACUCCUCGAAUCGACUACUGUCGGAACUUGGAUCGCAUUCGAUUAAACACAGUUUAUUUAACGUCUCCAUCGGUUCUUCGACAUGCGGACACGAUGGAUUCUCCUGUGUUCUCUCAUGUGUUUCGCGCUGUGUUCAGCGGCGAAGGAUGCCAGCUCCGAAUCGAGCAAGUUCAAGAUCUUGGCGAUAUUCGGCCACAACGGCAAGAGCCACUUCGACGUUUUCAAACCUCUUCUGGAGUCCUUGGCACGCCGCGGCCACGAUCUGACGGUGGUUUCUCAUUUUCCUAGAAGCGAGAAAUCGAUCGCGGCGGAACCACUGCCUAACUACAAGGACGUCAGUGUGUUGGACGGGGAGCACAACGUUAUGGUAAACGUGAUCGAUCUGCGCGAGAUGCACGACACGAUCUUCAAAACGAUCACGAAUAUAUACAUGCUGAGCGUGAUGGCGCGAAUGACUUGCGAGAACGUGUUAAAGAAUCCCGAAUUGAAAAGGAUAGUCGAGUCGGGAGAAAAGUUCGAUUUGGUGAUAACGGAGAGCUUCAACACCAAUUGUUUCAUGCCUGUGAUUAAAAAGUUGGACGCUCCCUUUGUUCAAAUAUCUACUCACCAAUUGAUGGAUUGGGCCAUAGAUCAAUUGGGGACUUCCUACGAGGCCAGCCACAAGCCGUCGAUCUUUAGCGGUUUGGAAAGGCCGAUGAACUUUCUUCAGAGAACGUGGAACGUUCUAGCGAUAUGGUUGACGACGUCUGCCUACGAUACCAUAUUCCACUGGCACGAUCAAUCCUUGGGAGAGAAGUACUACGGCCCGGGGGUCCCGGAUGUGAAGGAGAUCAGUAAGAACGUGUCGUUGAUGCUGCUCAACACGCAUUAUUCUCUUCACGGUGCCCAACUGUUUCCGCCCAAUAUCGUCGAAGUGGGUGGAAUGCAUUUACCAUCGAAACCGAGUCCCCUACCGAAGGACGUCAAGAAGUUUCUGGACGAGGCUCGCGAAGGCGUCCUGUACUUUAAUCUCGGCUCGAUGGUCAAAAUGGCUAGCAUACCGGAAGAAAAAUUGACCGCUGUUUUGAACGUGCUCAGCUCCAUACCAAGAAAAGUAAUUUGGAAGUGGGAGACCGACCAAGUGCCCUUGAAAUCCAGCAACAUUCUCGUGAAGAAAUGGCUGCCGCAGUUCGACAUACUGAGUCAUCCGAACGUCAAGUGCUACUUUGGCCACGGCGGUCUUCUGGGCUUGACAGAGGGUGUUUACAAUGGUGUACCGAUGGUAUUGAUGCCAUUGUAUGGGGACCAACAUCAGAAUUCGUACGCGGCUCAGGCUAGGGGCGCCGCUCAAGUCCUGACAUACCCGGACUUGAACGAACAGAGUCUGAGACAUGCGUUGGACGAAGCUUUCAACAAUACCAGAUAUCGGGAGAACGCCAAAAAGCUAUCGAGAGCAUUCAAAGAUCGGCCCGUAACACCGUUGGAAACGGCGAUCUGGUGGGUAGAGUACGUCGCUCGAGGUGAUAGUGUAACAUACUUGAAAAACGAGGCUGCGCGUAUGCCCUGGUACCAGCGCAAUCUCAUCGAUGUAGGCGUCUUUCUGGUCGCGGUUGUGUCGCUCUCCCUCUACGCGACUUACAGAGUGGCCAAGCACCUUUUGUGCAAGGGAAACAAGACCAAAGGCAACCGCGAUCGAACAGCGUCGAAGAAAAGAGAUUAACGAAGACGAUUAUAAUCUUAGAGUAUGGAAACAAAACACCGGGUUCACCUGAUAUCCUUGUCGCAACUAACGUUUGGAGAAGCCAAUUAACGGACGCAGUUUUGAAAAUUCGACACGCCACGGACGUUGUCCUUUAAGCAACCGUGCUCCGAAACAAUCGGAUCGAUUCCAUUUCAAACGGAAUUUCGACGACCAAGUGGCGCGCCGACAAUAGCCAAUCAAGAGACGUUUUAUUCGGUUCCCCGUCGGAAAGGAAACUUGAUCGCAACGGCAGGGUGUGGUGCGAGGAGUUGAAACGAACGGCCGCGAUAAAUUAAAUCAUCAGCGCCUGGGGAUGGGCGGCGCGUUCGUAAUCCUGAUUACAGAACUCGGGACGAAAGUCCCUGGCAAUUCUCGCGGAUGCUCGUUCCCAUUUGCCUGUUUCGCGCUCGAAGAACUCCCCGUGCUCGGCACGAGACGGGACAGGACGAAAGACAGACAGUGUCGUUGAGAAAAAAGGAAGGGAAACGAAGAAAGCGUCAACGAGGUGCGCUUGGGAAAACCAGAGAAAGAGAGAGAGAGAGAGAGAGAGAGAGAGAGAGUAAACCAGCUUUGCGGGCAUUACUCGGUAUUUCCCAGGUGGCCGAGUCACCGACUGCGUCAACUGGCUUCUGCUGGCAACAACGACGAAGAGAACAACGGGAACGACGAGGCACGGUUUACUGCGACGAGGGGGGUUGCGUUGGUUGUAGCUGCCUUCGCGGUCGGGGGGUAACGGUUCCGAGGAGCCGACUGUGUACUCGAAUGCACUCCGAGCCAGCGACUCGAAGACGAAAGAGGACGACGCAGACGUCUACGACGACGCUAACAACCAGUGACGCACCCAGGGAGCAGAUGCACCCCCUUCUGAAAUUCACCGUUUUUCAACCAUUACAAUUCUCGUAGGCUCGAUUCGCGGGUAGUCGAUCGCCAACCGGUUGUCAUAGUCGAAACGAUAUCGAUGCCAAGAUAUCAUCGAUGAUCGAAUCAAACGAGUUUGACAUAUUGCCUAUCGAACGUUCGUUGCACCUCUGGUUAAGUUUGUGGGUGCGUUACUGCCGCCGUCGACGACGACAACAAAGACGGAUCGCACCUGUCGUCGUCGGAUUAAAUGCGCGAGGAUGCUUCCCGUUGGUCGCCCAUCCCGCUUCUCGAGCUUCGGGCCCCUUCGCCUGUGGAUUCUCGCAUCGGUGCACCGAUCCGCGUGAGAAACGAUGGCGGCUCAUAAAGAUACAAGCGAAACGAUAAACGCGAACGAAGCGUCGCGGUUGAUCGCCUUUGGCACGGCUAUCGGCGAAUCGUCUGUCGUCGAACUCUCUUUAGCCGUGGUAUUCCGAUCCGAUGUCUCGCGAUAUUCGAGCAAUUCGAAGAUCGAAUACCCGUUCGGGAGAAUCAAAAUGCAUCCAAGUGUAAGGCAGUCGAUAUCCACGUUAAGAUUCCUGUACGCCCGAGUAAUUGCGAUCCGUGCAAAACAGCCACGGUUCCGCUAAACAUGUUUCCAAUCGAACCGUGAAGUUGAUUUCGUUUCAACUACAAUCCCCGAACGAACGAUUCGCAGCCGUUUCGACUACGAUUUUCUUUCCUUUUCUCGCCGCCCCCGCGGCUCUCGACGUCUCCCGGAACACUGACGUGAUAAAAUAUAUAAUAUAAUCGCGGAAUAAAAUAAUUUAUCGACGCGAAACGGCCAAGUUUCGCGAGUACUGGCGGGCUACGUGACCGCGUUAUCACCGUACCCGGGAGAUUUUCAAUUACUCUCGCCCAGUGUGUACAUAGAUAUAUCUUUUCAAAGUUUUCUACGCUAAUGUUGCGCCGAGGUGAAAUAUUAAAGCAUUCGCUCCUGAAGGUGGUGCAUUAAAAUAUCUUUAAAAAAUUUAUACGGCAUUAAGAUGCGGCGAAUAAACCGUACAUGUUUAAUAUGUACUUUAUUUUUGGAGAAAUGUCGUUUCAGUGUACGAAUGGGACGAAAAUAGCUCAGCUGGUUCAUUUCGCAACGGAGUCCGAGCCGGUUCGAUACGAUACAUCGCAUGCGUUAUUAUUUAGCGAUGCCGAGAAUGAUCCAGCGCUGGGAAAGUUCGACGAGAUGACUUAAAAGGUAACUUACCUCCAACGGUCUCCUCGGACGGACAGGCAGCUUUUUAAAAAGCAUUUCGCGGCCCCAGGGAGAGAACAGGGAAUGGAAGAGAGAGAGAGAGUGCGAGCAGCCAGUGGAGGGACGUACUUCCGGCGAUACGGCAGUUUUUUCUCAACUUAAUAGAAUGUAAAGUUCCCGAUUAAAUUGCGUCUUUAAGCGAUCCUCGCUGGCGAGAUAUUUUUUGUGAAAAUACAGCCAAAGUAACGGAGAAA